AUGCGAGGCGAAGAUCCAGCCGCCAUACGGAUACUGGACCUUAGCAAGCCGACGAGGGAGAGUGUCGCUGAGUCCGGCGUUGCCUACAUCAAGACCGACGUCUCAGAUAAGAAUGCAGUCGCCCAAGCGUUUGCAACCUCGUGGCCCGACAGCGUCCAGGCACUACCACUCACGGUAUUCCACACAGUAGCCUACAUCAACCCAAGCGAGCGAAAAGCGGCUUUCCUCAGCCCGUACAUCAAAGUCAAUAUCGAAGGCACUCGCAACAUGCUGGACGCUACGAAGAAGGCCGGCGCGGAUUGUUUCGUAGCCACCUCUUCGGCAUCCGUUGGACUUCGACCGCCGUCAUACUUCCCGUGGCCGUGGCAGGCAUAUCCGAAGGACAUAUAUCAAUACCUUCCGAAUGCAGACCCGAAGGCGUUGGAUCUGCCGCUCGAGGGCUACGGAGCUUGUUAUGCGUGGACGAAGGCUCAAGCGGAGCAACUGGUUCGUGGAGCCAACACCGCAAGGUUUCGUACUGGAGUCAUUCGGCCUGGCCACGGUGCGUUCUUCAUCAAACACCGCUCCAAUCGUCGAGGCGGCUCACCAACCUGGCUAUCCAACGUCAUAUCACACUUCGUGAAUGCCCAAAACGUCUCCAUAGGCCACUUAGCCUUCGAGCACGCCUUACUCCAGAAAGACUCCCGCGUCGGCGGCAACGCCUACUGUGUCCUCGACCCCAACCCGCCCAUCAUCUACGGCUCGUUGUACAAAAUGCUCUCCAACAUGGCCCAUCCAUCAACCCCAAUAAAUUUCCCUGAGAUCCCGCAGAUCACAGUCCUGCUCAUGGCGUAUGUCAUCGAACAAUACCAGCUACUACGCCGCAAGAUCCUCCCGGCAGUGCCGGCGUUGAGCGCGGACUUGACGUUCCUGCAACCGGCUGUGUUUAAUUUGUCCUCGCCACACAUUGUCUAUACGGACGAUCGAGCGCAGAAGGAGAUUGGAUACAAGGCGCCGAUUACGACUUCAGAAGGGCUUGCUUUGGCUGUGCUGGAUUGGAACGAGAAGGCGGAGGCGAAGGUCAAGGCGACGGAUGCCUCGGCUUCGGACUUGCAGGAGGAGAAGGUGGUGCCGGAGCCGCCGAUGAUACGGUGA